AUGGCUUCUGCGCCUUCUCCUCCGGCCGGCCAACCCUUUGUGGACAUCCACACGGUGCUGAGCGACUGCAACGAUGGCCUUGCCAACCUCCGAGAUGGGCAGCAGCCUAUCCGAGCAGGUGCAGCAGGAGGAGGCAGCUCAGGAGAGGAGAAGAAGCCAAUGCCGCUACUUGCGCGGCAGAUCUCCCUGGAAAGCGGCAUCGCCGUGCUUGACACAGGGAAGGAGAUAAAGCGUGGAAGCAGCAGAAAGGCCAAAGCGGAUAACCGGGUAUUGUCGCGGAAUGGGAAGAGCUUAGGAGGCCUGAGCGCCGUCGGCGGGGAUGCCGCCCACCGAAAAGGAGACUUCAACAUAUUUCGGACGAAAUCGACGCUCGGAUCAAGGCAGAAUUCCUUGUUGCCAUCGAGAAGGGAGAACGGGCCAGAUCUGCACCGCGCCGAUGGCGCCCCCGGAUCAGCCGGAAUGGAGGACAGAGUUAACGAAAGCGUCCCCGCGGGAAGAUACUUUGCCGCACUUCGAGGACCGGAGCUCGACCAAGUCAGGGACUACGAAGACAUCCUCCUGCCGAAGGACGAGGUGUGGCCGUUCCUCCUCCGCUUUCCGAUCGGGUGCUUCGGUAUGUGUCUCGGCCUCGGGAGCCAGGCCAUCCUGUGGGGCGCCCUGGCGACAAGCCCGGCCAUGGCGUUCCUCCACGUGACCCCAGACAUCAACUUCGCUCUGUGGCUCAUUGCGCUCGCCGUCUUCGUCGCCGUCGCCGUCACCUACACACUUAAAUGCAUCUUCUACUUCGAGGCCGUACGCCGCGAGUACUUCCACCCCGUCCGAGUGAACUUCUUCUUCGCACCGUGGAUCGCCUGCAUGUUCCUGGCCAUCGGCACCCCGCCCAGGAUUGCGCCCAAGCUGCUUCACCCCGCCACCUGGUGCACCUUCAUCGCGCCCGUCUUCGUCCUCGAGAUCAAGAUCUACGGGCAAUGGCUGUCGGGAGGGAAGCGCCGGCUGUCCAAGGUGGCCAACCCGUCGUCCCACCUCUCGGUGGUGGGCAACUUCGUCGGGGCGAUCCUGGCGGCCAGGGUAGGGUGGGAGGAGGCCGGCAAGUUCCUGUGGGCGGUGGGGCUGGCGCAUUAUCUGUGCGUGUUCGUGACCCUCUACCAGAGGCUGCCGACCAGCGAGGCCUUGCCCAAGGAGCUGCACCCGGUGUACUCCAUGUUCAUCGCGACGCCGUCGGCGGCGAGCAUCGCGUGGAAAGCCGUCUACGGGGAGUUCGACGCCGUGUCCAGGACCUUCUACUUCAUCGCCCUCUUCCUCUACUGCUCUCUAGUCGUGCGCAUCAAUUUCUUCAGAGGAUUCAGGUUCUCGAUAGCGUGGUGGGCAUACACGUUCCCGAUGACGACGGCUUCCGUCGCCAGCAUCAGGUACGCGGAGGAGGUUCCGUGCGCCUUCAGCAAGGGCCUGGCGUUGAGCCUGUCGCUCAUGUCCUCGACCAUGGUGUCUCUGUUGUUCCUGUGCACUCUUCUGCACGCAUUUGUUUGGCGAUCCUUGUUCCCGAACGACCUCGCGAUCGCCAUCACCAAGGAUAGGAGCGGCGGAACGAGGUCGCAUGCCAAAGAGAAGAGGCAUGCAAAAUAGAGAAGCUACGACAUCAAGCACUGAGCCCACCAGUCCUCACUGGUUUCAUCCAUCAAAACAUGCAA